UAUAAAACACAGGCACACACGGUUCAUGGUAAAAUUAGCAUUUUAUUUUACCCUCGUGAUAACUUUCUCCCUUAUUAAUGUUAUGCUUAUGAGAAUCUAAUUUUGAUAAAGAAUAUGGCAGGCUUUUUCGGAACGUAUAGUCUUUCAUCGACCAUUUCGUUUCUAGACGAUUAACGUAUUUACGUUACUAAACAGUUUUUUACUAAUAAAAUAUUUAUAUCACGUGUAAAAUUUAUAUAUAUAUAUAUCUAGGAUAAUUAAAACAGUACUAGGCAAACUUGAAUUAAAAGCGAAAAAAAAAGGCAGGCAAGAAAGUGAAUCGAGUUCCACCUAUUCAAGUACCAUUUCCUUAAACGAGGACAAGGGAGAAAAAUUCAUGCCCUUAUACUAUGUAUAAUAAUUAUAGUUGCGAUACUAAUAAUAACGAUUAAAUUAGCUAAAUACUAGAUGGACUCGUAUUAAUUGCUGUUAAAAGAUACAGAAAUGCGCGAUGGGCGAAGAAAUUGUAAAUAUCGCUCAUGUGUGUAUGUAUGCGGUCUCGUAUGCAUGCGUGCAUGUAUACUGAUUAAUUAAUUAGAUGGUUGUGCUCGCAUGCAUACAGAAACGUUACAAAAGAGUUACGAACAAGGCACACGCAAUUAUUCACGCACGCACGCAUACACGAAUUCCGCGCGGUCACGUGGUAUGUAUAAUUUUAUUGUUGUAUUCUGUAUAUCGAUGUAUCGCAAUGCCUUGAUGCAAAAGUGAGUAAUUAUAAGAGGAAGCGCGUCAGCACGCGAACUGUAUCAACACGACAUACAAUGUUCACAAACGGUAGAUGCAAACAAAUUCGAUUAAAAAGAUUAGUUGGAACAAUAAAAAGGAAAUGAAUAAAAGCAAGGAAGCAAGUGGACGUCUCUCCAACAGAGUUUCUCGCACAGAAAUUGAGGAACGGAAUUCGACGUUAAAUUUUACUUUGAUAAAAGUUUCCUGUUUCAAUUAUGAAACAAUUUAAAACUAUAGAAAUAUAAAACUCAUUUUGUAGAGUCAGCGAUUUUAUGAGAAUUCAGAUCUAAACAAGAGUCGAAUGUAUGGAAGGUUUUUUUUUAUUAGUUAAGACGGCGUGAGAUCUUUUGCAUCUCGUGCUCUCUACACGUUUUUAGAUUUUCGUAUCCUUUAAUUAAAUAAAGGCUCCCGUCGACUACGUAAUGUUAAACGUGUACAAGUAUUUACUUUUUAAAGAACGUUGCAACGGAAGCUUCAUUAUUUAUUGUUCACGAAUUAGUUGAACUUGAAUAUUCGAUAAAAGUACUGCACUCGCGGUAAAAUAUCAAGUUACAGAAGUUGUUUAAUCUAUACAUGUUUUAUACGUUCGCGGGGAUAAACAUUUUAAAAUACUACAAGUUGUAGUUAAUCCUUGUUCUAAUCUGUCGUGUUUUAAAUUGUACAAAUUCGGAAACAGGCACAAGCAGUGUCGGUAGAUUUGAUGUUGUUGAAUAGCCACGCCAAUUUAGCUUGUAUGAAACUGAGACGCGGCAUAUUUAUUCGAGGAUUAAAAACAAUCUCAUCCACUCGCAUAACAUGACAUUCUCAUUGUCGUCGAAAUUUCACCUAGCCAAUUUUCAUCGUAAACAUCCGUUGCGAUUAUACUAUUGUACAUUUGUAUUAAAUAUUACAUCUCUUUUCUUUGUUCUGUGUUUGUCUGUAAAGAUGCACGCGGCGACAAAAGAUGAUAACGUUCAAGUAAAUCAAAAGAGGAUUUCGAUCAGAGUAACAUUAUAGUAUAAUUAUUAUUAAGUAGUACGUUUGAUCAUUAUAGGAAUGUGUAAAAAAAAACCAAGUUAUGUUUGCAAAAUUGAAUGAGGAAAAAUGAUCACGGUGAUUAUUAGUUUAUUAGAGCAUUUGAAUUAACAAUAAGGAUAUUGUAUCAUUUCGAUUUAAAUCCUAAUGUAAGAUGCAAUUUCCUUCGAUAGUAUGAUCGUUGAUCAGUAUAAUAUCAAGUUUGUGAUAAACCUAUUUAUUGUAUUAAAUAUUCUUGUUCUGGCGUAGUAUCGUAGUAACUAUUUUCUUCUCUAACGUUUUAGCAAGUUGCUGAGUACCAAUCGUAUCGACCGAAUUAUUAUUCCAUGUAUCCUUGGACUUGUAAAAUAGCAGUUUGAAAGAAAGCGAUAUUUUGAUCGAGCCUCUCAGACCGUAAAAAGUUGAAGAUUAUCUCCAUUCCUUAAACUGGAGAAUUCGUCUAAAUCCGAAUUUUCAUUAUGUAAAAAACGUAGUAGCUUUGAAAUCAUAGUAGAUACUCUCUACUGUUAAAAUCGACAGACCAGUGAUGCGUUUCUGAUUGUAGAAAAUUGUUUCUGUCAAAAUUCGAGCAAUUAUCGCUUUACGUAUACUUUUGCGGCUGGAUGGAAGAACUGCUCGUAAUGAGAAUGAAAACUGAUUAGAUAGCGUCUUAUCGAAUCGAAUUUAAUAAAGCCGGCAUAUUUUUAAAUGUACAUUAGCUGGAAAAGCGCAACAAGUUUUGAUCGAUGAUGUAUAAUUAUACUUGGGUCAAAUACAUGCGUUGGACGUUAAACGAAAUUUUUACGUUUACAAGCAUAGAGAGCAGUAGAAACGUGCGUGCGAACAUGAAUAUAAUUGUAUCUGAAAAUAAUUUGAGAACCAUGAUCUUUCGUAUCAAUCCUGAUCCUUUUGCUUAACACGGAACUGUAUCUCUUCUUCGGUUAUCGCGUAGCUUUUCCCUCACUGCCAUUGUAAAAUCAUAAGAAUUUCAUGUUUUUUUUUUAUUAAAUCCAGCAUGUGCUGGUUGCUGAAUUAUGUACACACGAGUACGAAGUGCAAUGCUACGAUAAUUAUACAUAUAUAAAUAUAUUACUAGCAAAACUUAUGUACAUGUUGAAAAGUAAUUUCAAUUGUAAAUUAAACGUUAAGACUUAGUUUCUAUAAUUUAAGGAAUUCAUAUAGUCCUGGCAUACGCAAUAACUGUAUUAUUACAUAUUAUUAUUGUAAUUGUAUUAUCUUUAUUGAUGGAAAAAAUAUGGAAAUGUAUACACAUUACACCACCAUUAUUUUCUACAAAUCUUGAGUGCAUCAUGACUAAAAUCACAUACGUGAGAUAAUAUAAUAAUAAUACUUGUAGUAAUAAUAAUAUGUUGUUAUUUGAUGAUACUUGACAAUAUAUUAGCGAGGAUAUUAUAUUCCAUCGUAGAAUUUUAGAAUCUUUUUGCUCGACAAUUCAAAAAUCGAUUCUAAUUGAAAAUUGAACAGGCUCUAAAUUCGAAACUUGAAUAUGGCAACAGAGAGAAAAUAAGAGUACUCAGUUUUAUUUUACGAGCAUGAUCCUCGAUCCAAGUGAUCAAUCCUAAAGAUGAAAAAUCGUCGAGGUGGGACAGCAUCAUGUACUCCUACAAUUACAUCAUUCGAAUGAUCCUCAAAUAAGGGAGGAGGACACAAAUAUCUUCUCGUGAUUGAUCGCUAUAUGUUCGCUACACAGGCAUUGGAUUUUUGAUUGAAAACCUUCUUAAUCGAUAAAGGAAAUCAAGGCGAAAACAAAUCCAUUUUAAUUCAUGCCAUUCCAAAUUGUGGGCUAUUUGAUUCAGUGACUCCACUGACAGACCAGACCGAUUCGAAGGGGAUUAGGACAAAACUCUCAAAUAGCUUAGGUCUCUCACAAGAUACAUGAAAAAUAUGAAUGAUUUAGAUUCAUUGGACUAAUUUCCUUAAAAUUAGUCACGUUAAAAACUUGAUUUUUCAAAUGCGAAUUACUGCCAAAUAUAUCUUUGGUACAAGUACAACAAUUCGUGGAUAUUAACCUGUGUACAAGUGAAAAGGUUUAAAAUCUAAUUCAAAAAGAUAUGACGUUUAAUUCAUUGAAAUUAAGCCAAUGGCUUGUAAAACAAUGUAAUUCCAUGGGUUUGAAGAAUCCCACGCCAAUCCAGCAAAAUUGUAUUCCGAGAAUAUUAGCUGGUGAUGAUUGCAUCGGAUGCGCAAAGACAGGCAGUGGUAAAACGCUUGCAUUCGCACUUCCCAUAUUGCAAAAGCUAUCAGAAGAUCCAUAUGGCAUAUUUGCGCUUAUAUUAACACCAACACGAGAGCUCGCUUUCCAAAUCGCCGAUCAGUUUUCAGUAGUCGGAAAAUCGAUUGGUUUAAAGAAAUGUGUAAUUGUCGGUGGAAUGGAUAUGGUUACACAAGGUUUAGAGUUAUCGAAGCAUCCGCAUAUAGUUGUCGCGACUCCAGGACGAUUGGCAGAUCAUCUCUCUAGUUGUGACACGUUUUCUUUGAAGAGAAUCAAAUACCUAGUAUUGGAUGAAGCCGACAGACUUUUAGAGGGUCACUUUGACGAUCAAAUAAAAACAAUUUUCAGUGCUUUACCAAAGAAGAAACAGACGCUGCUUUUUAGUGCAACAAUGACAGACACCCUUGACAAAGUAAAACACAUGUCUAGUAAGCCCUUCUUCAUAUGGGAAUCCAAUGAUGAAACUGGUGUGGCCACGGUGAAAGAGCUUGAUCAACGUUACGUACUUUGUCCCAAUGACGUUCGUGACUCGUUUCUAGUAGAAGUGAUCAGAACAUUUCGAGCAGAUAGUAAAGAUGGAUCAAUCAUGAUAUUCACAGAGACUUGCAAACAUUGCCAAGUACUGUCUAUGACAUUGAACAACGUAGGAUUUCAAAAUGUGGCCCUCCACGCGAUGAUAAAACAAAAGGAUCGACUGACAGCCCUUGCUCAAUUCAAAUCGAAUCAUACGAAAAUUUUAAUAGCCACAGACGUUGCAGCGAGAGGUUUAGAUAUUCCUACAGUUGAAUUAGUUAUAAAUCAUAUAAUACCUAAUGUACCGAAGGAGUACAUUCACAGAGUUGGGAGAACCGCUAGAGCGGGGAAAGGUGGUAUGGCAGUUAGUUUAAUUACUCCGCAAGAUAUUAAAUUGCUACAUACCAUUGAAGAGACUAUUGGUACAAAACUGACCGAGUACAAAGUUAAUGACAAAGAGAUAGUAACGAUCUUUACACAAAUAUCGGUCGCUAAACGCGAAGCGGAAAUGAAGUUGGACGAAACGGACUUUUACGAAAAGAAAAUGAUUAAUAAACGUAAGAAACUUAUCCUCGAAGGAAAAGAUCCAGAUGAAAUCGAAGAAAUACUAGAGAAGAAGAAACGGGGUAAUUCAAAGAAAGAACGUACAGUAUGAUUAAUUCAGAUUUUAUUUUGUUCAAAAGUGUAUAUAAUGUACAAGAUGUAUUAAACUACUUUUUCAUUCAUACAUCAUUA